AUGGCCUACAAAGAUGAGGUUACGACUGCCGAUAUCGAGAAGCAGUCUCUGAUAUGCCCAAAAGCAAACCCCAAGCCCCAGAAGGGUUGGCCGAGCUCUGCGACUCUGGCUAAUAGGACUACACUGACCGCGUUGGCUGCUAUUGUCUGCUUGCUCAUCUAUUUUCAUACAUUGAGACCUUCUAUUUCUCUCAAGUCGUGCGCCUCAACAACGCCCCUCUCAGUAUAUGCUAAUGGCAAUGCGCAAAUUGGUGCUGUUGCAAGUGAGAGCUCCAUAUGCAGCGCAGCCGGAAUUGACAUGUUAAAAAGCGGGGGAAAUGCAGCAGAUGCUAUGGUUGCAACUGUGUUCUGCGUUGGAGUCAUUGGUAUGUAUCACAGCGGUAUUGGCGGAGGGGGCUUUGCUCUUAUACGGUCGCCGGAUGGGACCUUUGAAAAUAUCGAUUUUCGUGAGACUGCACCGGCCGCAGCAUUCCAGGAGAUGUUCGCCAAUGAUACACUUGGAUCCGUUUUUGGCGGAUUGGCUAGUGCGGUGCCAGGCGAGGUUCGUGGCCUGGAAUACAUACAUAACAAAUACGGAGCUCUCGAGUGGUCGACAGUGGUCCAGCCUGCCAUUAGAGUUGCUCGAGAAGGCUUCCCUGUAACGGAUGACUUGUAUCGAGCUAUCAACAGUACUAUGAAAGAUGGGGACAGUUUCCUAAGAACCGACCCGUCAUGGGCUUUGGACUUCGCGCCAAAUGGCACUCUUCUGGGUCUCGGGGAUACUAUUUAUCGAACACGUUAUGCAGACACUCUGGAAUUUAUUGCAAACCAAGGGUCAGACGCCUUCUACAGUGGCCCUAUCGCUGAGACAAUGAUUCAAGCUGUCCAGGCAGCUAAUGGGACAAUGACAAUGGAGGAUCUCCAAGCCUACAAACCCACUUUACGCGAUGCUCAACAGAUUGAUUAUCGAGGCUAUAAGAUUACUAGCACUUCAGCUCCGUCGAGUGGUAGUAUUGGUCUGAGUAUACUGAAGAUUGUUGAUGGCUAUAAUGAUUUCUUUUCUCCGGAGACGACGGAAUUGAGCACUCACCGACUCAAUGAAGCCAUGCGAUUUGGAUACGGCCAGAGGACGAGCUUCGGUGAUCCAUCCUUCUUGCCGGGCUUACAGCAACGCGAGCAGGAUAUUUUGAGUGAUGGUUUUGCUUCCAGUAUUCGUCGGCGGAUAUCUGAUUUCCACACUCAGGAUGUAUCAGCCUAUGACCCCGAUGGGCUUGAGAGUUUAGACACACCGGGAACCUCCCAUAUAUCAGCAGCUGAUCACUCUGGGCUCGCAAUAUCGUUAACGACUACAAUUAAUCUUUUUUUCGGUAGCUUGGUCAUGGUUCCAGAGACCGGAAUCAUCAUGAAUAACGAGAUGGACGAUUUCUCCAUCCCCGGAUCAUCGAAUCGGUUCGGCUAUGCCCCGUCCCCUUCCAACUAUAUCCGGGCAGGAAAACGGCCCAUAUCGUCUAUCACGCCAAUGAUUGUGACCAACCCAGAUGGGUCACUGUAUUUUGUGACUGGGGCCGCUGGUGGUAGUCGCAUUAUCACCGCAACAGUCCAAAGCGUUAUCAACUUGAUUGAUCGAGCAAUGGACCCCCUUCGGGCACUUUCUGAGCCUCGCCUUCACGACCAGCUGAUCCCGAACGUGGUGGCCUUUGAAGAAACAUUCAACAACGACACCGUUCAGUUCAUGCGAGAACGAGGCCACAACGUCACUACGUUGGCCAUAGGAGCAAGCUCAGCCCAGUGCGUCCGGCUGCUGUCCAACGGCACAUUCGAGGCUGUUGGCGAGCCAAGACAGAAGAAUUCUGGUGGCUUUGCUAUUUGA